CAUUACGAAGUAAUCAUCUACCGCCAUUCGGUAAUUCGCCCUGGACAGUGCCCUUGUUGUCUGUGGGAUCCAACUCUUGCACCUGAAAAACGAAUGAAGCCCUGGUUACACAGUACCGGCCUACGAGGGCAUAUUGAAAGGACACACAUUCAGAUGGAAUGGCCAAGUACGAAGCCAGUUUGUGGCUGCUCAGCUUCGUUUGAGUCUGAGAUCGAAUUUCGUCGUCACCUACACAAUGUGCAUGGCCUGACAGAUACAAUAUGGCGGAGGCCAGAGCCCAAACCGGCCGUCAAGAGAAAACGGGGUGCUGGUGCGCAGCAAAAGAGAGUU